CAGGUGCAGGAGCUUGGGCAGGGCCAGUUUGGCAGCGUCUGGCUGGCACGAUGGCGGGGGGUAGAAGUUGCUCUGAAGGAGCUGCACGGUGCGAACAGUCCCCGGUCAAGAGCGGAGAUGAUUGCCGAGGCACGCACGCUGGCAGGGUUACGUCACCCCUGCGUCAUCGCCAUCUACGGCGUCAUCAUCGGCCAGGGCAGCCCGGCUUCUGUGCUGGAGUACGUGUCGGGCAGUAGCCUGAGAGCGGGGCUGCAGCGGCUGGCGGUGCUCGGCCCCGUCUCCGGCCGCCUCCGCGCCGCCAUCGCCCUGCAGGCCGCCCGCGGCAUGGAGUACCUGCACAGCCGGCACGUGGUACACUUUGACUUGAAGUGCGACAAUCUGCUGGCCGACCUGCGCAACCCGGCACGCCCGGAAGUGAAGAUCGGCGACCUCGGCCUCUCCAAGCAGAAGGCGGCGACGUUCAUGAGCGGCAACAUGCGCGGCACGAUGCCGUGGAUGGCCCCGGAGCUUUUCCCAAUCGGGCGGACUGAUGAUCAGGUGACUGAGAAGGUGGAUGUGUUCUCCUUCGGCAUCUGCCUCUGGGAAAUCUGGACGCUCGGGGAACAGGUGUAUCCGGGCUUGUCGCUGCCGGCAAUAUUCACGGGGGUCGUCAAUGGAACGCUGCGGCCGGCUCUGCCGCCCGACGCACCCCAGCUGUGGCGGGAGCUUAUGGAUGCAUGUUGCGCGCCACAGCCCAGCUGGCGGCCCAGCUUCACGGAGGUGGCUGCCGUGCUCAAAAGCCUCGUCAGCACCCUCGGCGACGAGUCAGAGACCCCCCAGCGCAGUCAGGGGUGA